AUGCUCUCUCAGGCCGGGAACGUCUCAAACGGAGGUGGCCAUUUGCGUACCCUGAGGUGCACAUCAAAGGAAAAUGGCAGCGAUGUGAUAACCGAGGCUGAAGAUUACUUCGAUUUGUGUGAUUCUGAAAAGCGUGAAGGGUACUCAUAUCACAAUGCCACCAACACGCCGGCCAGAAGCGGUGAUGAUGGAGAGGAAGGUAGCGGAAAUCAUACUAAGACAGGCUCGAGCAUUGAGGCCCCUACGCCCCCAAAUAUGAGCACAAAAAAGACCAGGAGUAAUAAACGUUGUUCCUUGAGGUCAUCUGAUGAAACGCCAUCAACACUCGACAAGGGAUUUUAUCAAGGCAAGACCUCGGCGGUAUUGUCGUGGGAAACAAGUAAAGAUGAAUCAUCUGAUGAGAGUAGUUCCAUGAGCAGUCGAGUGUAUGGAAGCGGUGAUGAACUAAGUGAAGACGAAGAUGAGUCGGACUAUUAUUAUAAUGCCUCGCCUCGGCUGUUCUCCAAGUGCUCUCCUCGCAAGCAGCUUACUGUUGUUGGCAGGGAGAACAAGCUACAGGAAGGCUGUUUAUCUAAUCCUGAAAAGUUCGAAACUCUGUGCGAAAAUAGUAACAUACGCGGAUUGGAGAUUGAUAACUGCUAUAAUAAGCGGCAACAAAGGACAUCUGUCCUACGCUUUAGGGCUCCAGGCAGAAAAUGCCGUGAGAAGCCCAAAGAGUUUUCCUUCCGUCUAGAACACAAGGACCGUCCCAUUGAAUUGAGUUACGUAGAGGCUUCAAUUGAAGCGGAGAUCGGUAGGCUCCCAAGAACGCCGGCACCAAAAGGAGAAAGGACCGAAAACACGAUAAACGACACAUUAGCAAACGCAGACCUGUGCCUGGGCAAGCUUUCAGCUUUGAAUCCUUGCUGGAAGAACAACUUCGAGCUGAGGAUCAAUGAUAGCUCAAUGCUUGACCGCCGUAAGAAUAAAAAUGCCAUUAAUCUCAUAAAUCAGUCCAGACCAUAA